AUGGCAUUUCCAAUUAGUAUCGGCGCGCUUAGAGCUGCAGAGGAUCCAUCAGCGGCCUUCCAUAAUUCACUGUCAGCCCUUUCCCUAGCAGAUCAGGCCCGAGCGGUAUCAGCAAUUCUCGACGAAGCGCAAGGUUCAAUUGACCGCGAUCUUGAGAUUGUUGCGGCAGUCAUCCGGGUCUGCGGGGAACGCAGUCUUACCGCCUUACUAGACGAGCACGCCGCUGCUCAGUUAGUAAUCUUCCAGCCCCAGGUCAGUCAAUGGGAAAAGCGGCAAACGGCAGCGGCAGCGGCCGCAGAGCGCUAUAUCUUUCGAAUACGGCAGAUUCCGACUUGGGAAGAGUUCCCAGAGUGUAUACCAGUCACGAUGCGUCGCGCUCUCAACGGCAAGGAGACCUUCGGAAACCAUAUGCUUGCGAAGUGGAGAACUCUGGCGUCUGGAUGUAGCCUCAACACCGCUCUUGACCUUCUCAAGCGGGAAACUUAUGGCGGACAAAUUCGCGUUACUGAGAGAAACCUGAAUAGGUGCAUUGAUCAGCUUCCGGUGUCGAACUCUGGCAGCGAACGCCAGCCCUCACCUCAGCGCUCUGCCGGCCCGUCUUCCUAUCCUUCACUCCGUCGCCGGAGGCGUUCACAGUCCCCUCUCCCUCUCCAGGACGACUCCGAUGCCCAUGUCGACGACGACGACACGCAGUCUGACGAAGGGACACCUAACGAUGAUGCGGGCUCCGACGAAUAUAUUGAACAUAGAUCUACGGCUCGCAUGCGUGCAAAGAAACGUAGUAGGGCCGCCCCCAGUGGUAUUCGAAAACAAGCCAACCGCGAACGCGCCGAAGACAACCAAGACGCGUCGACCUACCACGCAAGCGUCGAGCACGACCAUGAAGGCAGCAUCAAUGAUCACGAAGGCAGCAUCAACGAUCAUGAAAGCAUUAGCAACGAUCAUAGCCAAGGCGAAGAAGUGGUAAAGCUACUGCUGCUGUUCACCAGGUCACAUGACCUAAAUUGA